CUGCCCAUGGACUCCCCCUCCAAACAGCUCCAUCAGGAAAGGAUCGCGUGUUGUCACGAUUUUGUCGAUGAGGGGGACCUGCAGCUCCAGCCCCAGGUCCCCCGCAGAGCAGGGACACAGCCCGGAUUUGUAGCUGGGUUUGUCCGACUGCUUCUCCCCUCCCCCUGUGCCCCCAAAACAGUAGAGAUGGAGGGGGACACUGCUCAGCUCGUGUUGCAGACUACGUGUGACCGAGCAGGCGACCCCAGAUGGAAGGCGGAUGUCGGGGUGCUCAUGCCUUCGGGGAAUUUGGGAGGAAGCAGAGCAGGUGGAUGGCAGGUGAGGCAGAGCCUCUGGGCCACCCCCAGCAAAGGAUUUCCUUUUGAGGUACAAGGACUCAGGGUUGUGUUCCCCACUGUGUCUCUGAGUGUCUGCGCAGUGUCCAGCCUGCAGGGUGCCUGAGGGCCUGACAGGGAGUGACUGGCCCAGGGUGCCAUGACCGUGACCAUGACCAUGACUGGGAGACAGAGCAGGGAGAUGUCUGGGCUUUGCUCCCUGCCCCCCACUGGGGCCUCUGUUCCACCCACUGUGGGCCAGGAAGAGAAGAGGUCGGCCCGUGUGCUCGCAGCAGAGGGAAGAGAGGGACCGGGGUGAGAAGUGUCACACUGCAGCGUGGUCCAGCCUUCGAAUCUGAAAAGACCAAACUGUAGACUCCUGGGGUUGAUGAUAAGGGCGUGAACUUAGAUCCGUGUGUUUGCCGGCAGAGGUAAACCUAGAAGCCUUCGGGUUGUAAAAAUCUCAUUUCUUACCAAACACCUGCUUCAGGAGGCCUGGUCUUCCCUUCUGCCCUGCCUGCCGACCACCGUGUGAGUCUGGCAUGAAGACGUGAGGAAAUAAAUGGAAAUGCCCAGAAAUCUGGGAGGACUGUCCAAAGCACAUUAAAUCAGGAGGGUAAUUCGUGUGAAAUCUGAGGCGUGGUCUUAUUUGUUCUCGGCCACAACAAGCUUUUCCUCAAGACAGACAAGAAAACAAGUGGAAUUGCUCAGUGGGCGUGGAGCUGGGUGUGUUGUGCUCCCACACCUUGGCUCUGAGCCCAGCUCAGGGUUCCCUGGGAGGCCCUGGAACAGGAGUUGUGGCAGGGAAUAGGCAGGGCCCCGCCAGUGCUCAGAGUCCAACAGAGGAGGACACACAGAGGACUGCAGUCAGGAUAGCACACACAGAAGGGGAACCCAGAUGGACCAUGGGGAAGAUGGCAGGGGAAGCAGUGGUUGAGCGGGGCCUCUCAGCACAGGUAAACUUUUACAAGAUGGCAGUCUCCUCGUCCGAUGAUCUUCUUCUUGUGCCCCAACAGGCGACAGGACGCUGACUCGGCUUGGGAGUGAGCUGGAGUGAGGGGUGAAGCGACAGCUCCUUCUAACUGCAAUGCGGACGCAAGCAGUAGGGAAAGCUACGGCGACACCAUGACCUCGGGAGCCCGUGGGCUCAGCCCAGAGAGUGAAGGCCUUCUCGAGGAGGUCAUUGAGACUUUCCUGAACACAGUGAGGCGUGAGGAACUAGACUUCCUGCUGAGUGACCAUGAAUCCUGGGAGAGAUUUGUGGCUGAGGCCACUUUGUCCAGGGAGGAGGCAGAAGCCCUACGUGAAGUUCUGAACGAGCUGCAAAGAACGAUGGAUCUGGAGGCCGAAGAGCAGGAGGCUAAGGAGAGUUUUCUGCAUCAGUUUCCUGAGUUGAAACUCAAGCUUGAGGAGCGUAUAAGAAAGCUCCACGAGCUCGCAGAUGAGGUGGACAGGGUACACCGGGACUGCACCAUCGCCAACAUAGUAGCCAACUCUGCUGGUGUUGUGUCUGGCCUCCUGAGCAUCCUUGGUUUGGGUCUGGCUCCUGUGACAGCAGGGGCCAGUCUGGCACUCUUGGCAACUGGAAUGGGGCUGGGAGCAGCAGCCACUGUGACCCAGAUCUCUACCAGCCUCGUGGAAGUCUCAAGUGAGUCGUCUGCAAAAGCCCAAGCUAGUCACCUGACAUCAACUGAUUUUGACAAAGGGGAGGUCAUUGCAAAGGUUCUGUGUGACCGCAUACCCCAGAUUUAUUCCUUAACAGGUAAAUGCUUUAGAGUCCUGCAAAGCAUUGCAAGGAAUGUUCGUGCCAUCAAGCUAGCCAAAGUCAAACCUGGCCUUGUAGUCAAGGCCAGGCACCUUAUGACAGCUCAGAGAAUCUCAGUUCGAAGUGGCCGGCAGGUGCAGAAAGCUUUUGGGGGCACUGCUCUGGCAAUGACCAAAGGAGCCCGGAUCAUGGGUGUGGCCACUGCAGGUGUCUCCCUUGCAAUGGAUGUGGUCAGCCUCGUGAAUGACUCAGAACACUUGCAAAAGGGCGCAAAGACAGAGUCAGCUGAAGACAUGAGGCAGAAGGCCCGGGAGCUGGAGAGCAAGUUGGAGAAGCUCAGGGAGAUCUAUAAAAUUCUGAAGGAGGGCCCGACUCCGUGAUCCCCGAGCAGGGCAGGGAGCAGGGACAUGUGUGGGACAAUGACAUGGAGGUGCCUUAUUAGAGGGGGAAAAAGUGCAAAAUAAAGGUUUUGUGUUGGGGUGUUGAGGAGUUUGGCAUUUCUGAAGCUGAGCCCAAUGAGGGAGGGGUUAAUGCAGUUGGCAGAAGGGUAGGGGGGAAUGUUUAACAAAUUGUUGGUGCUCUUUGGGUUCAGGGUGCGCUGAGUGACCAGUGAAAUUCCAAUGAUAAUCUAAAGGGUUUUGGAACACUGGCUGAUUUGGAAAAAAAAAAAAAAAGUGGUGGUGGAAGGGGGGGAAUAGAAAAGAGAUAGCAGAGGCCAGCCACAAGUCAAGGAACCUGGCCAUAUGUCGAGGAGAUCAACCAGCUCGGGGGCCAGGAGACGCCGCCUCUCUGAGCCUCAGAGUCCUCAUCACUUGGUUGGGGGGGGAGUGUAUUGAAGAUCUGUGUGGCUUUCGCAAUCCUGUCUUCUAUCGCCUGCUUCAAUAAAUAUGGACUGAUGUAUUGUG